AUAGUACGUUCGGGACAGUCUCGUCCGUAACAAAUGUAGAUAUCAUCCGAAACUGAAAGUGAAGAUAGCACAGCGAUGCGAUGAGUACUCCAAUCCCAACACUAUCCUUUGUUUCUUCACCUGUAACUAGGAUAGAGGCGAGGGCGGGAAUUUCUCAUACCUUUAACUUUCCUCCGCGGUCGAAGGUGGUCGCCAGAAAGCAAAGAAUUGAUGAAGGUGGUGGUCGGCGAGUGUGGCGCCGAAGAAAAUUGAUGAAGAAGGAUGAUAUGUCGCACUACAAGAUGGAUCGAAUCCCAUUCCUUGAAGAACAGGUGAGAAAGGUAAAGGAACAGGGGAAGCUUGUUACAAUGGACAUCGAAAGACUACUAUUAUCAGAGGAUAACCGCUUCGACUUUGUGAAUGAGGUUGCCGCUGAGGCUAAGGAAUAUGUAGAGAGCAACCGUGACGAAUAUGGGGGUUCCAAGAAAGCUAUUCUUCAUGUUCUCAGCAACCGAGUGAAUGAUGCUGGGUUUUAUCGGCCAGAUGCGUAUGCAGAAGAAGACCCGUUCAAACCCGGACCUCAUUAUCUGAAAGAAGAAUUUAAUUGAAAUUCACGAAAUACAUUUUCUUAUACAAAGACUGUCAAUGUAUUAAUCUACAAUGUUUUCCCAGUUUUUUAAUGUUCGCUUAAGGUGUUUCACUUCUGAUUGAGAAUCCUGCUUCAGUACCUCAAAAAAGUUCUUAAAUUCAUGUUCAGGCGAUGUAAAAAGAGAUGAAUUAAUUUCAUUAUUUUGGAUAA